CUCAUUUCAGAAGCACGUGACACACGUGACUGUGAAAAUAGGAGUAGUGAGCGCCGCAAGGCGCAAUCACACUAUCUCCGCUGAAACGCAAAUGCUUUUACAUAGACCGUCCGAUUGAGUGACACGUCAUCAAUCCGUGUGAAUUCGUGUUUCAACGGCCAAGAUCAGCGCUGCAGAGCAACUGGGGAAGCGAAGGGAAGAGGCUGGUAACUUGGCUGUUUUCUCCAUUCUCGCGUGCUCGGUUUUCGAUCGAUUUUCGCUGAGCAAAGAAUUUGGAAACGGUGUGGCAAACGCGCUCGGGUUUCUGAAUUCGAAGAUGAAGGUCAAGGAGGAAUUGAGCGAGCAAGUGGAGGAGAACGAGAUCACGCUUUUGAGUGAGGAUGACGAAGAGUAUAACUCCGAGGAUGAAGUAGACGACGCCGAAGACGAUGAAGACGAUGACGAGGAUGAUGACGACGAUGACGAUGAAGAUGGAAAUGACGAUGACGAAGAUGAUGAUGAAGACGAUGCUCCUGAUGCCGGUAACGACGACGAAGAUGACGAGGAGGAAGAGGAAGGUGAUGUACAGCACGGUGCUGAUCCUGGAGACGGAGACGACGACGACGACGACGAAGAUGACGACGAUGAAGAUGACGAGGAGGAGGAGGAGGAUGACCACGGGGAAGAGGAGGAUUUGGGAACAGAGUAUCUUAUUCGCCCUUUAGGCACCGCUGAGGAGGAGGAAGCAUCUAGCGAUUUUGAACCAGAGGAGAAUGGAGAAGAAGAAGAUGAAGAUGUUGAUGACGAGAACGGUGAGAAGGCUCAGAUUCCUCCAAAACGGAAGAGAUCGGAUAAAGAUGGUUCAGACGACGAUGAUGGCGGAGAAGAUGAUGAUGAUGAUGAGAGACCUUCUAAGCGGUAGAGUUGGGUCCCUUCUUGGCUUAAGGGAUUAAACUAGUCAACCAUAGGUUAACUUAUCUCCCUUUGACCUUUAAAAACACUGCAGAGAAAGGUUAUGGGAAUUGUUUCAUUCUCUCUUGUAUUAUUAUGGUGCGACAUUAUUAGGCUUAUUACUUUCAAAUGCUUGGUGCAUAGUCUAUAAUGGGUUAAACAUUCGGUAGAACAAAUUUUGCACAUUUGAAUGUUUUUAAGAACUUUGUAGCUCAGUAGAUCUCAUGUUAUGUAUUACUGAAUCUGUUGGUAAAUUUCUUCCUCUGACAA